UAUUAUUUUAACUUUAUCUGCAAUGAAAACAACUAGAGCCAACGUCAGUACUACUCAAGAAUCACAGCUAAUUAAUACAUAUGUAGAGUAUGCAUUUUACAUAAGAUUUUGAUCAUUAAUAGUUAACAACAAAUAAUUGAAAAGAUUUGGAGAAAGAAAACAAGUCAGGACAACAUUUGGUAUAAUAGUGAAACCAAAAUGUUGAUCAUGUGAGUGGAGAAAGAAUAGUAAACCUCAAAAUUUAGCUCUGUUAAUUGGAUUAUUACUAACCUAUUACUAUUGAAAAAAAAAGUAAGUAAAUAAAAAUAAAAAACUAAAAUCACAAGUGAAGACAACAUUACAGUGCUCCAAUAAUUUGAAAAAUAUUAACUGAGUCAUUCACUCUGAAAAACCUGGACAUGCUGUGACUAUUGCUUGAAAAGAGACUUCAAGAAAAGGCAAUUCUUCUUGGGACCACCCCCACCUCCCCUAAAACACUCAAACUGAGAUGCACUGUAUUGCACAUUUUUGAACAAAAAAGCACUGUAAUCAUAUGUGAACAUUAAUGUAAUGGAAGAUAUCAGUCUCUCUUUCAACUGGAACCAUCACUACAAUAGCUCUUCCUAAUUUUCUUCACUUCCCUUGCAAAUCCUUCAUUCUACUUACUUGAAAAGACCUAUGGCUUCAUUAGCUUACUACCCAAAUGGGCUAGGAUUAGGAUUCGCAGUCACUGUAGUGAUGCUCAUCUUUUCCCUCGCAUUCUUUCCUUAUUCCACUUCAGGAUCAGCAUUUUUCAGAGGAGAUGAAGGUGUGAAGCAAAGGAAAAUGGUGUUGGGUUCAAGGCCUCCUCCGUGUGACAAUAAAUGCUUGAGUUGUAAACCCUGCAUGGCUGCUCUUGUUACCCCUCCUCACCACAAAACGGCAUCGACUCCUAAAGGAGAUGAAAGUUAUUAUCUGCUAUCGUGGAAGUGCAAAUGUGGAGAUAAGUACUUCCAACCUUGAUUUGUACAUAUAUAUAUAAUCCCCUCCCCCUCUUCC